AUGAUAGAACGGUUUCACAGAUCCCUCAAGUCUUCUCUCCGAGCCAGAGCUGCUGACUCCGACUGGGUUUCUCACCUCCCUCUGGUUUUGUUGGGACUCCGUUCAGUUCCUAAAGAAGACACUGGGUUCUCCGUCUCUGAGGCAGUGUACGGUUCCCCCCUGACAGUCCCGGGUGAAUUCUUGGAAACUCCAGAGAUUCCUGAUACACAGUUCAUCAGCAAGGUGGAGAAGGUUAUAGCCGGAUUUUCAACUCCUCCGCCCCAUCACGUUCAGUAUUCGCCUCAAGCUGAGGUUCCAGCAACUCUCAGAGCCGCCAAGUUUGUGUUUGUUAGAGAGGAUGUAAGCAAACCUUCACUCAGUCCUCUGUAUCGUGGUCCUUACCUGGUUGUGGAACGGCGGAGUAAGUUCUUCCGCCUCCAGAUUGGUGCCAAGAUAGAUUCAGUUUCCGUGGAUCGUCUUAAGCCAGUUUUCUCGGAUUCUCCAGUGAUUCCUGCAGCUCCUCCGCCUCGAGGACGUCCUCCUCUUUGUCAAUCAAAGGAUCCUCCUAAUCAAUCAUCCGCCGCGAAGUCAUCCGCCUCCAAGAAGAAGUCUGUAUUAUUCCUAACCCAACCUAUAAUCAUACCAAGAAGGAAUCCUCACAGACAAGCCAGGAAAGAAGGCCUUUGCUCCGCCGUGACUCCGCCUUGCCUUCUUGGGGGGAGUACUGUGGCGGAAGACGAUCUAUUAUGA